GGUACGGACGGGUUGCCCAUAGCCGCUACAGCCGCUCUAUUGCCCACCCUCGAGUGAUCUCCUUUAGGCAGUCACUCAUGGUCGACAUUCCGUGAUUUCAGCUUUCCUUUUUAUUCAAAACAAGGUCUUCCCAUUGCCGGACCUUGCUUAGCAAAUAAUUCACACUGACUUUGUGGUUUUGUUUUUCAAUUGUGGAUCUAACAAAGCAAUAUGGCUCAUACUCCAGCCAAUUUGUCAAACAGUCUAGCUUCAGCCUCUCAAAGUUCAGGCAUUUUGAACGAAGGAACUAGAAUGAACAGUCCAACAACAGCGUCGAAAACAUCGGAGACAAAUCGGGGGGUGACAUCUGACAGAAAGCUGAGAAGAAAGAUUUCUAUGACCAGAAUAAGCGUCCCGAAUAUUUCAAAUACAAACAUUGAAACGAAGAGUCCUUUUCAAACAAUGAAAACUUCACCGCAACCGUCAGCCAAUGGAAUUGUAUUCCCCAAAAGUGCUAACCCUUUUUCGAGGAAACCAGAAAACACUUCAGUUUCCUCUGUUCUGACGGUGACUUCAGUAGCUAGACCGGCAAACAGCGCUAACCCAGUCACCAGGUCGAUUGUGUAUCCAUCGUCUCUUCUUCCAACACCAGAAUGUCCAGCCCCUGUUUCAAUCCCAGUGUCAAGUGAAAGCUCUGAGUCGUCCCAAAAAGCAGCAGCCACAGAGGCGAGUUCUCAAAGAAACAGGAAAUCAUCUCAGAGUUCUAAUACAGUCACGUCGGGAUCAUCGAGACCAGGGACAGCUUCCAGCCGAAGGCCUGGAAGCUCAGCGUCGGCAUCGUCGAGGAGAAUACAGUCGGCCAAGAGUUCUCGUCCUUCAUCAAAUAAGAACACACCAGAAGACGAUGAAAGGAGAGAUUCAGUGACUAACACGCCUACCCCUGGACCGAUGGAGCAUCCUCCACUGAUGAUGUAUGAGAGUCUUCCCUCGGCCUAUGACCUAUUAUGGGAUUCAUCAGAAG